UUCACUCCUCAGUCAUAACACAAUACUAUCCUGGAAGACGUAACAAAAGGAACAUAUACGGAAGAUACAAAAAACCUACCGGCAGUAACCUUGUCCACUCCAUAACAAUAUUUUCACUGAGUUGAGUAGGAAAACUUAUCUUGCAACCCCUCUUUGCCAGGGAGGCGGCCCUGUAUAUGUUCUGUCCAGGAAAAGUGAGGAGCUACCAUACCAAUGAUUGAAGACAUAAAAAGCCAAGAAACAAUAAAAAUAAAAAAUAAAAAUGUAAUACAAAAGCUAAUUAAGGAGGAUAAAAAAAAAUUACAUUAAAAAAUCAUUUAAAAAGAAAAACAAACAACAACAACAACAAAUAUUAGAAAUACCCAACACAAAUGUCUGUAAUUAGAACAAGAUGAAGGCAUGAUCGUUGUCAUAAUGAACGUCCUUGUUUUUCUUCUUUCUCUCUCAGGAACUUUUUAAAAUAUUUAUUUCAGUCUUCACUCCCCACUUCAACCACUCGCCAGUGGACCAGCAAUAGUUCUUGGGUUGGGGAGCCUUUUGACGUAUUAAAGCAACCAAUGUUUGUUGUUAUUUUCCAUAUUCCCUACCCAACACAGAACUUUCUCGUUUAUAUUUGUAUGUUAAAACCAAUAAAUUAACUAAACACAUACAAAGUGAGCAUUUUUAGCAUAAUUUAAGGAAUCUUUAACUAUCCUUCAGCAGUACUCUAGCAGGCUAGUAACUAAUAUUUCUUUAAGCUCAUUACUAAUAAACUAGUUUCACGUCUUUUAAUAACUGUUGUAGUUUUUCACGCUAUUGAAAUCAAUCAGACAUUUAAGCAGUGUAUUUUAAAGUGCAUUAAAAUCUAAGAAAUAUAUAUAACCUUACGCCACAUUUGUGUUUAUCAGUUAAAAAAAAUGCGGUUUAUAUGUAUUUUUUAUGCACUGUAGGUUAGAAUUAUGUUCCCUGCCUUCGUCUGGUGAAAUUGUUUCAUCACUCUCAAGGUGGUGACUGAUUCCCUUUAAAGGCAAAAAUGUUCAUUCAUUUUGGGCCAGCCACGUCACCACUGCCAACGCUACACGGCUUUUCCUGCUAACAGCUACUCCAUGCCGAAAGGCCUUGGAGUCGGAGCCUGUUACUGUAGCAACCCCUCAGAAGGACAAAGUAGAAGAGAGGAGGGAACAAACGCUGACAUGCAGCAGUAGGCGGGACCAUGCUGGGAAUUAAUCUUCCUUUUUAUUGGCCAGAAGCUUCCUCAAAGCCCUCCCUUUUAGUGUGGUCAUGGUUAGCAUCAUUUCUGCUGCAAAACCCGUGACUGCUGCUGCUGCUGCUUGUCAGUGUAUUCAUUGAGUCAUUGUAAGAGAUGCAGAGCUCCAUGUGUGGAUCAGUGUUAGUGAGUAGUAUUGUAACAGGGAAGACAAAGGACAGAACUGGAACUUAAGGGAACUGAAUCACCUAGGAAUCGGCCAAAAGAGGAAGACAAACCAACAUGAAGCUUUAAAUGGACCUGAAGACGAUGGGAUUUACAGCUUUUGCUCUGAAGCUUCGGAGUGACUGAGGAAAACUGAUGAACAGAAAAAAUGAGACAACACACUAGAGGACAAGGGGAGACUCGCAGAAGACCAUCCGCUGAUGGAAAUAAACACAACAGUGAUUUUUUUCUUUCUUCUUCCAGCUGAUGACGCAGGCAACAUCUCUGUGGAGUGACAUGCUAAAAUGGCACCAGAUAUCCAGUGAAUAGUACUAAUACACAGACAAGCUGAAAGGAUAUAUGAUGAGAAUAAGAGGACCUGUUCUAACCUGUGUGGCCUCUGCUGACCACCAAGCAUGGGCAAGCAGAAAUGACUGACUGAUCCACAGACGCUAUCUGGAAUUACACAUUUAAGUGGUAGCAGCACUCCUUUAGCCAUGCCGGGAUGCUGGACAUCCCAAAGAUGCUAGGGCCAAACAUGCUGGAACAUUGGUGCGUCUUUCUAACAGAGCAGUGAGGAUGAAGAGACGAGGCCACACAAGAGGCCAGAGGUUUGUCAAGGCUGACUACUAUGAACUGGACUGGUACUAUGAAGAGUGUACGGACGUGUUGUGUGCAGACAGAGUGGGCCAGAUGACAAAGACCUACAGCGACAUUGACGCUGUCACCCGACUGCUGGAAGAGAAAGAGCGGGACCUGGAGCUGGCAGCCCGCAUUGGACAGUCGCUGCUGAAGAAGAACAAAGCUCUGAGCGACAGGAACGAGCUGCUGGAGGAGCAGGUGGAGCACAUCCGAGAGGAGGUGUCCCAGCUGCGUCACGACCUCUCCAUGAAAGAUGAGCUGCUGCAGUUCUACACCAACGCCGCUGAGGAAAGUGAGGGGGAGUCCAACACCUCCACGCCGGUGCGUUUGAGUGAGCUUAACGUGUCCACCCCAACCCUGUUUCCAUUGGACUCCCUGCAGAAGAAACUCAAAGAUUUGGAAGAAGAAAACAAAUCACUGCGAUCUGCGGCGAAUCAUUUGGAGACUGAAACGAUCUCGUACGAGGAGAAAGAGCAGCAGCUUGUCAACGACUGUGUCAAAGAACUACGAGCUGCCAACCUGCAGAUUUCCUCUCUGGCAGAAGACCUGGCCAGGAAGAGCGAGGAUGCUUCCAGACAGCAGGAGGAGAUCACACACCUCCUCUCUCAGAUCGUCGACCUGCAGAAGAAGGCGAAGCUCUAUGCAGUGGAGAACGAAGAGCUGACUCAGCACCUGGGUGCAGCCAAGGACGCCCAGAGACAGCUCACUGCUGAGCUGCAGGAGCUGCAGGAUAAAUAUGCAGAGUGUAUGGAGAUCCUCCAUGAGGCUCAGGAGGAGUUGAAGAACCUGAGGAAUAAAACUCUACCUCUCAGCACCCCGAGGCGUUUCCAUACACUGGGCUUAUUCCCAAUGGACUCGCUUGCUGCAGAAAUAGAGGGAACUAUGAGAAAAGAGCUUCAGAUGGAUGAUCCAGGCGUAGAAGAACAGAGACUGCACCCAAAGCGAGUUUUCCAGACGGUGAAAAACCUCAACCUGAUGCGUCAGCAGCGUUCCUCCGCGGCCCCCUCCCCUCUGAACAUCCCAGGGUCCAAUCAGAACUCGUGCUUCACCUCGGGCCGCUCCAGCAGGGUGGGCACGCCUCGCUCCAACUCCAUCCACGGGAGUGAAACAGGAAGUGGGAUCAUCUUGGACAACAGGACGAGCAGUGUCCUGGAGGGACCGGAUGACGGGUCGGAAGACUCCAACAAGCGACCCCCUGGUACGCCGGGGACGCCGGGCAGCAGGGACCUGGAGGCAGCCCUGCGGCGCCUGUCGCUGCGCCGUGACAACUACCUCUCAGAGAAACGCUUCUUCGAAGAAGAGAGAGAGAGAAAGCUAGCCUACCUGGGGAAAGAGGAGGAAAAGGGAGAGGCUGAAGACAGCGGGGGCCCGGGGACCCCAACGGAGAGCCUGCUGUCGUUCUGCUCGCAUCCCUCCUUUGGAAGCAUCUGGUCGGGAUACUCCAUCACAGCCAGGUCCUACCUGCCGGAGAAGCUGCAGAUUGUAAAGCCGCUGGAAGGUUCUGCUACCCUGCACGCAUGGCAGCAGCUGGCUCAACCACACAUGGGGGCUCUGCUGGAUCAUCGGCCGGGCGUGGUCACAAAGGGCUUUCGCACUUUAGAGCAGGACCGGGAGCGGGAGGACAGCUGGCAGCUGGAUCAGCCGGAGGAGGACGAGGCGUCGUGUGACUCGUUCAGCGGCUUGUCAGGGGAGAGCCCUGCUCCGACAGGUCCGCUUCACUCUACCUCCGCCGGCUGUAACAUCAAGGGCAGCAACCAGCUAGAAGGACUGAACGGAGGAAUUUGUGGUCCGAAAGAGGCAGUGGAAGAAAGAGACGGACCCGUCGCCGGGGCGCUCCUUCCCCUCUUCUGCCCUCCCCCGUCCUCUCCCGUUCCCUCUUGUUCGGAGGGCAGCAGGCACACGGACCUCAAGGAGCUCCAACCCCUGCAACCUGCCACUGUGGACCGCAUGCCUGUGCAUUUCCCAGGGAAAUGUCUGUCCCACACCAGCUCCACCUACACCUUCACCACCUGCAGGAUUCUCCACCCGUCUGAUCAGCUGACCUCGGUGUCCCCCAGCCCUGCAGCAGCGUUUUGUCAAAGCAGCUCUGCCAUCGGCACUCCGAUCCACACCUCGUCCCCCGUACCCUUCUCAGCCCCGCACACGCCCUCCUACACGCCCUGCUGCACCCCGCGCCGCCUCUCCCUCUCUCUCUCCCUCGGCGAGUCCUCCACCAACUUGAGAGACUCCACCAAGACCACCAGCACCUCUCUAGGCCUUGUGCGCCUCCUGCUGGAGCAUGGCAUUUCUGCCUCGGUGUACGAUCCUCGCAGCUGGGACCGAGGGCUGGGCGCCAGCGGCUCUUCAACGCCCACAGGAAGAGUGCAGGUGCAGAGCAGCGCUGCCAAGUCCGGGGAGAAUGAAGUCAGACAGCUGGUGAGGCGACCGGACACGCUCCUCCUUCAGCCCUGCUCCCCUCCGAACUCCCCGCCCCAGGAAUCUGCCUCAGCCGCCACGGCGCGGCCCAUGUUUCAGUUUAGCCCUUCAAAGGAGGAUCCGCCGUAUUACGACGCCUUCCUCGCCUCCAAGCCGGCUCGCACCAUUCUGAGGGAAGUGCUGAUGGAUCUAGAGAGAGAGUACGACGGCGAGGCGGACGAAGACGGCCAGAACGAGGUGGCGAACCUCGGACUGGUGGACAAACUGAAACGCUUCCAAACGCUCUUCCCUGUCUCCGCCUCGGUUUCCUCCGGGAGCGGUCUGUUGGCGCCCUUCAGCUCCAGCGGACUGGGUGGCGGGCUCCCGGGUUUAAAUGCAGGACUGAGGAGGAACCGAAGCUAUCCGGCCAUGGUGGGGGCCAGCAUGGCUAUGAAAGACCCCGGUGGAGCGCCCUGCGCUCUCAUCCCACAGACAGCGCAAACAUCACACCCACAGGAUCCGGCGCAGACAGACGAAACGGGCAAAGUGCAAACACAUCCCUCCGUCGUCAGGAAAGCCAUUCACAUACCGCAGACUUUACUCUCACUGGAACCAGUCACACCACAGAGGAUAAUACAGAGACACGCCAGGCCAAACUGGGAUUCAGACAACUCAGCAACACGAGGCCAAUGCAGUGAGGGUCAAACCAGGACGUGGUAGGAAAAACUCAGUACGUUAGGCCGAAAUCACAGCGUUUUAAUACACUUUUCAUGUUAUCGUUACACAUGUACAAAUACAAAGCCAAAAAGUAAAUGUAGCGCACACUUUGUCUGCAAAAGCAGACUGGUACAAUCCGCCCUCAUUUCCCCUUACAGCCAGUAGUCUGUGAACCUCAACAAAAUGUCGGAGUGACGACUGAGAGCAGUGGUGGCUGAAACUGUUACACUGUGUUAUAUUUAAAUACUGUCUGGCCAGAUUAACGACGGAGUAUGCUGCCUUCCUUUGUGUCAUUAUUGUACAAUGUACUGUAUAUGCAAUAUACUGUGGCAUAUAGCAUAUUAUUAAAGCCCCAGUCUGGAGUACUUUACGAUGUGGCUGAUUUCAUGUGCUAUGUGUAGAGAUGCACCAGUUUCUGUCUUCAGCUCCAGUCCUCAGGAGCCAACGUCCUUGAACUGGUCCAACGUACUUGAAUCAAACCAAUAGCUCUUUACCUCUGCCCAGAUCGAGACCUUUAGAUGAACUCUGAGAUUACCAGCGUCUCCAACUUCAACAGGCUUCAUAGCAGUCAGAGGAUGAAAACUAAAAGGGAUUUUUUUUAAAAACCCCAGAAAUUUAGCUGAAUUCCCCUCAGCCUCUUCGUGUCAUAAAACAUAGUUUCCUGUUAAAUAUCUUCUUACAUCUUUGUACUUUCUCUAGUUUCAUUUUUUAACAGAGAAGCUGAUGCCGAAAGCAGCUGACUUUGAUUCCUCUUCUGGCGUCGUUGCCAGCAAGACACAGUCAUGUUUGUGCUGGUUGUGUUUGUAAAUCGGAGGGAUGAUUGGACAGUGACAUUUCCGACCAGCCAAUAAAUAUCAUCAAAUGUUUUCCUUUAAAAAGCUGUCAUUGUUUGAUGAAGCAAUUUAGGCGUUUUUAUAAGAUCCUAACUGCUUGUAUUUCUAUUUUUCUGCGCUGAAGCUGAAAAAGCGUCACAGUUCUUGUCUACAAUGACUUUUCCUCCUUUCCUUUCUUUUGUUAUUUAAAAAAAUAAAAUAAAAUCCAGAUUGGGGCUUUAAGAUAUCUUGUUGCUGUGACUGAAUGUUCUUAUGUGCCUAAAAACAAACACACUGUAUUUCAUUGGAAAACUGAUUACGUUUGUAAAUGUUUUUGUUUGCCUUUUGUUUUGCUGUGUGCAACAGACAAGGCUUUAUUUGUGCAAUUCAACGGUUUGCGUGAGAUUCUGUGCAUUCUUCUCAUUUCAGAUGUACAUUUUUAUUUUUUAUUUUUUUGUUUUGUUUUGUUUAAGUCCUCAUAAAAUGUUGGAUUCUACAGGAACAGAGUAAAGCUGUUGUUAAAUCUGAA